CCAUCACCUCCUCUCUCCUCACACCUGAACCCGAUCCAGCUCUCGUGGACACUGUCGAGAGCUCAUUUGACAUCUUCUCUCUCUUUUGAUCUUUGCCAUUCUCUCAGUUCGUCUUCGUGGACUACCGCCAAGAUGACGCUCGAAGCUACCAUGAUCAUUGUCGACAAUAGUGAAAGCAGUCGGAAUGGAGACUAUACCUCGACACGAUGGCAAGCACAGGUCGACGCAGUCAGCAUCAUCCACAACAGCAAGAUGCGCGCAAAUCCCCAAUCCGCCGUUGGCCUCAUGAGCAUGGGUGGUAAAGGCCCUGAAGUCCUUGCGACAUUCACAUCCGACUUUGGCAGUCUGCUGUCUGGCCUUCACCGGACAAAGAUCCAUGGUACUUCGCAUCUGAGCUCUACCAUCCAAGUUGCUGGGCUUGCGCUGAAACACCGCCCCGAACGGUCCCAGCAUCAACGGAUCAUCGUGUUCUCAUGCUCGCCGAUCGAAGAAGACGAAAAGUCGCUCGUGAAAUUGGCAAAGAAAAUGAAGAAGAAUAACGUUUCGAUCGACGUCGUUGCAUUCGGUGACCUCGAGUCCGAUCAGACUAAGAAACUCGAGGCCUUCGUCGAGAACGUCAAGGGUGGAGCCGGCUCCCACCUGGCCAUCAUCCCGCCUGGUCCCAAUCUCUUGAGUGAGGAGCUCCAGAUGACUCCGAUCCUCGGGGGCGAAGGUGUUCCUCCUGGUGCUACGGGAGGUGAAGGGGACGCCGGCGCAUUUGGAUUCGAAGAUGCUGCCGAGAACGACCCCGAAUUGGCGUUUGCCCUACGGUUAUCUCUUGAGGAGGAGAAGAAUCGACAGGAGCGUGAGAGACGAGAGCAGGAGGAGAAGGCGACUAAGGCGUCGUUGGAAGGCAUCUCCGAGGAGGGACAGCAUAACGGGGCAUCCAGCGGGGACAAGGAUAAGAAGGAGGACGGAGACAAGAUGGAUACCGCGUAAAUGGAAGGCGGAUGAUGUGAUUGAUGCAUACCCGGCGUUUUCAUUUGUCAUCUUUUUCUUUUCUUUUAUUUAUUUUCUUUUUCUCUAUGUUUGUAGUUCUGGAAGCCCUUGGGCAACGGUUGCCAUAGAAUUCAACUGAAUUCAAACCACGCUCAUGUCAUUUCAGAUAUCGUGGAUGGCUCAUAAAGUAUGUACAAAUGAAAAAGUAAUGGUGUAGCGCCAGAAAGAAAGAGACCGAUUAAUUUAAUUAGUAUCAACACGUAUGCGGACAGAGGAGCUCUAGUUCUACGCCCGCCCCCUCAACCAACCAACCAAAUGCCUAUCAAAAGCCUCACAUCGCACGGGCAUCUCCAGCUGAUAGAACGGAUUCUUCAAGACAUAAUCGGCGAACAGCUCGUAGAUCUUCUUUAUCACCGCAUCGACAUUUGUCAUAAGCGGAUCCGUGAACAGGAGGAACUUUGUCCCCGUCAGAGUCUGAAAACACGUCAGACGGAAUUUGUCCGUUUCGAGGACCUCAAGACCCGAGGGUGGCAGUCCCAGAUUUGGAUAUGAGUAGGCAGCUGGCCCGGCGGGCGUGGGAGUCGAUGUUCCGGAUGUUGCUGAGGCUGUUGUUGGCGCGGAGGGGAGUUUGGGUGUUAGGGAACGGGUAAUGGCGUGGACACUAGGAUGAUUCAAGUACAUGUCAGCUUUUUUUAUUUCUCUUCCUUAGAGAGGUCUGGAAUACCCGUGAAAUGUCCCCGCGAGAACGAGGUAAUCGUUCGUGGAGAGUUUGUUUAACCCGGGCUGGAAUUCGCGCUGGUAGAUCAAUCCGCCGGCUUUGUUGAUGAUAAUGAGGGAGAAGACGGCCCUGUGCGGUAUCACGGUGAGUGAGUCGACUGCCUGGGUAUGGGGAGGAUGAGCUCCAUGAUAGCUGUCAAACGUACAUGAUGGCUGACUUUGUUGGGAUCGGAUUGCCCCUAUCGGCCACGGAUGGGGAGGGAGAAAAAUGACAAUGUUAUCAUUCGCAAGACAUCACUUCUUUUGCCAAAGAGAAUCCCCAUCAAGGGGGUAUGCAGCUGGCGUUGGGGAGGCGCAGGAGUCGAGGAUGCGCUCCAAGGUGGAGGAAGC